AUGUCAGCAGCUCAGCUUCGUGAAACUAUGACCGAUUGUCUCUCUGAGGCGCUCUCAGGUUCCCAUGAAGCUAGGCAGAAAGCGCUUCAAAUGCUGGAUUCUAUCACCAAGGUUAGUCCUCAAAACAGGAGCUUGCUUGCACAAAUAGAUGAUGCCAUCCCUGCCCUCCUUAACCUCUCCAAGUCUUCAUCCGCCAUGAUUGAAACUCUCUCCUUGUCCAUCCUAUUCAACCUCUCACUCAACCCUGAUCUAAAGCGGUCUCUCGCAGAUACGAAAACCAUUUUUCUCCUCAAUUCUAUGAUUCUCUUACCAAGCUCUCCAGAAUCCAGCAGAUUGGCCGCAUCAUUGGUUUGCAGUUUGGCAAUGCUUGACAAGAACAAAGCCAAGUUUGGAGUAGCUGGUACCAUCCAGUCGCUGGUCAAGGCAGUCUCGUGGCAUCGUGGCCCGGCUGCCCAUCAUCUCCUAAGUUCUCUGGCUGAACUUGUCCAGUUCCAUGGCAAUUGCACCGUGGCUGUUCGAUCUGGAGCUGUUCCGGUGCUUAUCCAAAUAGUGGAGAACAAUGAUGGUGAGGAUCUAGCCGGAACUUCUCUAGCUGUUCUCGGUCUCCUUGGUAGGUUUGACGAGGGAUUGAAUGCAUUGAGAAAGACUGAGGACAUUGUGAGUUUGAUGAUCAAUGUGUUGAAAAGGAGGUGCAUGUUGAGUAAGGAGGGUGCGGCAGAGAUACUUCUUCGCCUGUUCGAUGAAAGUGAGGACAUCAUCAGAGAUGCUUCCAGAGCGCCCGACUCCUUGACCGCGCUAGCAGAUCUUUCUGUGAGAGGAUCUGCAAAAGCUCGAGAGAAGGCUACUUUGCUAAUGAAGAAAAUGAUAGAAGCCAACGUGGAUUCUGAUGUGGAUGGGGAAUCCAUGUUUAAUUUCCAAUGGCAGUAA